CUUGAAUAUGGCCAAAGAGGCGGCGGCUCGGAUUAUGGCAUCGGAGCGAAAAGCGCUCCGGUUUGAGCACGACCUCCGUGUCACCAAACAAGAGGCGCUUCAGAUGCUCCUUCGCCUCAAACAGAUGAUGGAUUCUAAGGUUGUGUCUAGGCAUUCGUACUCAACUUUUGGACCCUUUUGAAGUCAUGUACCUGUGUCCUAAAAUUUGGGAUUCAGUGCGGUCUGACCCUUUUACACACAACUGCACCUAAUAUACAUAUUUGAAUCCAUACAAAAUAGGUUACUUUGGUUCACAUAUGAAAUAACAAUAUUGUUUUACAUUUCUAUUGCCAAACAGAACAAACUUCCUUGAAGAUGAGAGAUGCUUUGCUGCUGUCAUUAUUCACAUAAAGAGAUUGAAAAAAAAAAACUCGAGACAACUGUGUGCAGCAUCUUAUAACUUUAUUGAAAUUUGUUUUGAUUGGUAUCUUAGUGAAAGUAUUCUCAAGUUGCUCUACUGAUUUGACAUAUGGGAUAACAAUUUGCUAGUUCACAUCCAAAUUCAUCAUUAGAGAAGAGUAAGAAGAUUAGUGAAGCGGAGAUGAAAUCAUUGAGUCAACGGAGUAAGAUUGAAGAGCUCGAAGCACAACUUCAGGAAGCUGAGGAUAUAGUAAGAGACCUCAGAGAAGAGUUGAGUGAAGUCCAGGCUGAAUUGGAGAAGGUGAGAAAUAACAAGCUACGACAUUUGGAUGAAUGUGAUGCCAUUCCCGAAGAAACCGCACUGGAGAACAGAGUAAAUACUUGUCAGUCUGCUAUAUUCCUUCCUUCAGAGUCAAAACUUGAAUAUAUCAGAGCUUCUAAAAUGGAAAAUUCAACUUUGGAUUGGAGAAAGGAAGGCCACAAGUGCUGUAUUACAAAUGAUUCUUGUAUGGAGAAAACCUGUGUUUGUAGCCAUGAUUUACCCUCUAUAAUAAUGAGAAGCAAGGAGCCAGAGCUGUACAGGAAUGGUUGCACUCAAAGAAUUCGUGCAUUUGGAAGGAACCUGUUGGAUGAAGAAUUGUCUUUCUCUAGAGAAAUAGACGAUAUACAGAAUGAAGCAAGUGACAGGGAGUAUCAAGAAGGCAAAGGGGUCUGUACAAUACCCACUCACAAGGCUGACAAUACAUGUACUACAGAGAAGAAAGUAGUGCAUUCAGAUAACAGCUGCUACCAAGUUCAGUCUGUUGCACGUUCCCAUAGAAAAAGGAAGAGAGCUACCAGGUACAAGAAAAUUACAACUCCAUCAUGCAGGUACCUUUCUGAUCUGGUCACAGGGAGAGAUCAAGCAUCUGAUAUAUCUUUCUCCAAAAUUCACCCAAGUUCAAUUGAUAACAAUGCUCAAUCUGGCAAAGAGCAUUCUAAGAUGGGCCCAUUAUUAUCCUCAGAUACAACUGAAACAGGCAUCCCGUCAGGAUUUUCUGGAGUUACUGAAAGUGAAGCAGAGUUUGUUAAAGCUUGUAGUGGUCAAAACAUAAUAGACAGGGAUGAGGCAUUGAUAGAUAAACUGGUGCCGACAGGACAGGAAAAUGGAUGUGCAGAGAGUUCAGGGGUUCUGGUUUCUAAAAUAGAUCUUGAGAAACUUGAUGUGCCAUCAGUAGACUCAGAAUCAAAAGCUUCUGAUAAAGCUAAUGGGAUUUCUAGUCAACCAGUAAAUGAUAGGAUCAUCAAGUACACAUUCCAAAGGAAACGAAAGAAAGACUCUUUUAGCAGCCCUGACAGGAAUACCUCUCCUGUAAAGAGUACUUUGGAGAGAGAGAUCGAAGACAAACAAAAUGGUUCUCUGGAGCCACAAAAGCUUGGCUCAACAAUUGAUUCAUCUCGAGAAAGUCGGCGAAUAGCCCAGGUUGCUCGUCAGCUUAUAUCUUUGUCUGAGAAGAAAUGGUGGCAGUGAAUCCGGUUUUUCCUUGCAUUCAAAUGGUAAGGUUUUUGAUCUCGAAGGCAAAGUAUAGUAACAAACAGUUCUCUAGCAAUGUGGCUCUGAAGAUGGCUUCUUGUUCUGGAAUCCUUGAAAAUGACCCCUUUUUCAAGAGAAUUGUAGAUUCUCGAGUUACUUAUUUAUGGGCAUUAUAGCCAAUAAGUUAUUACCAUUGAUAUAUUUCUUUGAUCUCUCUUUCCACCAUAAGUGUGUCGAUUAAGCUGACUAUUUCGAUGAUGGCAUUCACUUUAAGUGAGCUCUACUGAAGUGAGAAUUUUGCAUAUAUAUUUUCUUUCAAUCCA